UUCUCGGUACCUCGCAAUUGGGCUACAAAAAGAGUAUGCAAAUUAGAUGGCCCAAUGGGCGAAGGACACGUCAUCAAUAGUUUGAUUAUUGUCUUGCAUGGUUUUCUUGUUAAAGAAUCAGCAAAGCCAAGUGUAUAAGUUGCCUAAGAAGAAAGAAAGCAAACAGAGAAUCACUUAAUGCAACUUUUGGAAGCCAUGCUUUUCCAUACUCAAAACAGCUUAUAAUCAUAUUUAUUCUCUUUUCAUCCAUCUUUUCUAUUUCUCACAAUAUUUCAACUUCUUGAUCCUUCUUUUCCUACAUAACUCAUAUUGGAUAAUAAUAGGAGUUUUCAAAAAAAAAAAUUAAUAAAUAAAAAAUAAAAAAUCAUGUCUUUGAGCCCUCCAAAUGCAACAAGUGGUAAUGGAAAUAGACACUUUAACCUCUAUUGGUGUUACCAUUGCCAUCGAAUAGUCCGAAUUGCAUCUCGCGAUCCCUCCGAAGUCAUUUGUCCUCGUUGCUUCGGCCACUUCCUCUACGAAAUCGACAUGGCAAGGCCUCGGCCCGUUCUCGAAUUCACUGCGUUCGAUCCCUCCCCCGAGGCCCGUAUUCUAGAAGCACUUGCCCUAAUCCUUGAUCCACCGCUCGGAUUGCGUAAUCGAAGGGGAGAACCAUCCGGAGCUAACCGGGCGCCACGUUCGGGCUUGGUAAGGACCCGUGGGCGGGGGAGGUGGUUUCAGCCGAGGAGGCGGCGGAACAAUUUGUUCGAUGAGGACGACGAUGAUGAGUGGGGCCCGGAAAGUGGGAUUUUGGCCCGACCCAGAACGUGGAUCAUCGUCGGACCAACGGGCCCGACUCGGGCGGGGCCGGGCCCACCUCGGGAGAGACCGGUCCCACCCAGCGUGGACCCUCGAGACUACUUCGCUGGGCCGGGACUGGAAGGGCUCAUCGAGGAACUAACACAAGAAGAUAGGCCCGGCCCGCCACCUGCGCCCGAUUGGGCGAUCGAUGCCCUUCCGACGAUUAAAAUCAGGUCGGCCCAUUUGGAAACGGGCCCGGAAUGCCCCGUUUGUAAGGAGGAGUUAACGGUUGGGAUGGAAGCGAGGGAGCUACCGUGCGGCCACGUGUACCAUUCCAAUUGCAUCGUCCCGUGGCUGAGGCUCCACAAUUCUUGUCCAGUCUGCCGCCAAGAACUCGCCGUUAAUCAAUGCGGAGAUCAUCGAGAAAGCGAUUCCGACGAGUCUCACGGAGGCAGGGAUCAGCGGUGCUGGCGGCUGGCCAAUAUGUGGCCCUUUCGGUCGAGGUAUCGGCCACUCGACUCGCACGGAGAAGGGCCAGCUGCCUCUUCACAGCACCACGGUGAGCAUUAAACUUGUGUGUAUACAUUAGGGCUUCGUGCAUGGCAACCAAACGAGCCCCUAACUACGUAUAAAAACGAACGAAGACGAAAUAUAUAUAGAUAUAUGUUGGAUGAAACAAUGUAAAUAACACCAAUAUUUUUAUCCUAUGUUGUAAUAACUAAGCUCUAUUUGAUUGUUUUAAUUAGGAGCGGAUACAUGGAGGUGCAGUAUUCUCUAAAGCUAGUGCUGACAAUUGGGCCGUGAGUCGAGUCUGGGUCGACUCAAAUUCAUAUACUAUUGGGUCGACUCAAACUCAUAUAUCAUCGGAUCUUGUUAUUUUAGGCUCAAGCUCAAAUAUCGUUUGGCCUCAUUUUUAUAGGCUCAAACUCCACUCACGUAUUUUUCGAAUUUCGGGUUUA